GGAGCGCGCCGCGGCCGUCUCCUGAAGCUGGGGGGGGGUGAGGGCGGCGGCGUCGCCUCACGGAGCCGGAAGCGACGAGCGGCGGCGGCGGGCUGAUAACAAGCUAGAAGAAGAGAAAAAGAGACUAUGUUCAGCUUCUUCCGAAAAGGUCAAGAUUCAAAGAAAAUUACAGUGCAAGAGAGAGAAGCAGAUGGAUUUGUUAUUGUGGGUGACACAGCUGAUGACCAAAAUAGAGAGACAAAGGACAAAACUUCAUUUCCCGAGACCAGACCAAUGUACAACCAGCCUCCACAGAUAAAUACAGGGCACCGAUCGGAAUUGACUCUAUCGAGAGCAGAGGUGGGAAAUGAAAGGAGCCAAAAUUUGGAAAGCAGCCCUUUCAUGUCAGAUCUUCUAAGCGAUGUACCCUUUGCCCUGGCACCACAUGUGUUAGCAGUACAGGGCACCCAUAAUGAUGUUCCUGACCGACUGCUCACCUACAACAUCAAUGACAAUUUAUCAAGAUUUUGGUACGACUUCACGCUUGAAAAUUCUGUACUUUGUGAGCCAUAGUGUUUUCUUGAUCUUUUCUGUGUGUCAAGGGAAAAGUCUGAAUGUGAAGAUAAAGAUUUAGUUUGAGCAGCUUAAUAUUUUGGGGGCCUACCACUGAUACAAGAUCCACUGGAUCAAAAGGAUUGCUAUUCAGUGCUAUGUUAUAUUCCUUAGAUUUAAGUGGACUGUAACUUACUAUGUUAAGUGUUCUGUUUAUCUACAAAGAAAUCAAGCAAAACUGUUUCAGUUCGAUGCUGGCUGUUGGUAUCUGCUUCUCAUAGGUAGGCUGUAGACACAAACAUUUCAUAAAGAUGAAGUCCGAGUACAACUGCUCUGCUUUGUUUUUCAUUCUGGUAAUAAACGCGCAGAUCCUGCUAUACAUGUUUCUUUAGAUCACCUUUGAUUUUCUGCAGAUAGAAGCCAGUGUUAAUAGUAAAGCAUGCUUCUUUGUACUACUGGACAGAGAGUUUUCCAAGAGAUAAGUUUUAAAACUCAGACUUAAUUCUGAGUAUUGAAAUAAUUUGGAGUACUUGAUACAAUUGAUUACCAGUUUAAAGGUGACCGUGGGUUGCUCCACUCUCUUCCCUGUAGAUGGUAUUUUUGUGCCCUCAUUUUGUGCCAUUCCUGUUGCCUGGAGAAGUCCUAUAAGGCUGCCUGUUGGCUGCUGUUUGUUCUCACUACCACAUGUGUUCCUGAUUUAUAAACGGAUCAGCUUUUCCAUUUUAACCUCUUUGCCCCCUAAAGAAGGAAAUCUCAGGACACGUACUUUUAAUGGUCACACCCUCCUUUUUUUAAUUUGUGUGCCAGAGAUACAGAUGGCAAUGUUUAACAACAGGAAAACAUUACAUUGUUUCUUAUCCAGCUAAAUUAGAUGGCUAAGUACCUAAACAUGCUUUCUCACAGACCGCUGUGUUCCUAGCUCACAUGCUUACAGCAUGUUUUUUCCAACUAAAACCGGAGUUGCUGUUGUAUGAGCAGCAGCUCUCUGAUGUAAUACCAUGAUUUGUGUGAAUAAUGCUCUGUGUUGCACAAAAGAUUACACUUGUUUUCUCUCUUGGGGUAUUCAUAUUGUGCCAAAUCUUAGUCAGUAAUUCCAUAUAUUUUUAUGCUCUGUGGUAGCUCAAAAUAUAUAUUUUUUCAGACUUACAUUCUGUAGGUAUUUGAGAUAAAUACCGUAAAUGAUGGAAAAAUUGCAUUGUGAAUGUCUUAGGUUGUUACAUAUUCAUGUUUAAGAUUUAAUCUUUUUUAAUGUAUGUAUAUAAGUGAAUUUGUUAGUGUAUGUUUAACAGUUGCGUUCAUAAAUGUUCUGAAAUACUUGCUUCAGGGAAAGUAAGUGUACUGCAUACCAAUAAAUAACUGUCAAAUAAUGUGUGACAA